AUGUCUCGUCUUGAAUUGAUCACACCUGAAGGUCUACGCAUCGAUGGUCGUCGUGCGAACGAGUUGAGGAGGAUCACAGCAAAGACAUCUGUAUUCAGUCAAUCCGAUGGAUCAGCGUAUAUCGAACAAGGCAAUACCAAAUGUUUAGCAGCAGUAUAUGGUCCUCGUGAAGCACGUUACCGACAACAAAUGCUUUCUGAUCGAGCCAUCCUCAAUGUGGAAUUCAAUAUCGCUCCCUUUAGUUUCAGUGAACGAAAAAAACGCUCCAAGAAUGACAAACGAUCCCUUGAGAUGGCCAGCUUUAUUCGUCAAACAUUUGAACCAGUGAUCCUUACUUCUCAAUUUCCACGAUCUCAAAUUGAUAUCUAUUUGCAAAUCUUUCAACAUGAUGGUGGCGUGCUUCAAAGCUGUAUCAAUGCAGCUACCAUGGCAUUGAUUGAUGCAGGUAUUCCCAUGAAUGACUAUGUGUGUGCAUGUUCGGCUGGAUCAAUAGACAGGGUGCCAGUGCUUGAUCUCAAUAAUCUCGAAGAAUCCUCGGAUGCUCCAGAAUUGACGGUGGCCAUUUUACCCCAGAGUGGCAAGGUCAACUUGGUCGAGAUGGAAUCGCGUCUCCACAUUGAUAGUUUACAAGGUGUGAUGGAAUUAGCAACACAAGGAUGUAUGCAAGUACACAAGGUGCUUAAUGGUGUGAUCAAGGAGAAUACACAGUAUUUACAGGAUAGACUUAAUGCGUAA